CCUCCGACAUCACAAGAUGGCGGCCCGGAGCGGGAGCGGGGAGCGGGCCCGGAGAGAGCGGCCCGGGCCCCGGCUCCAGGCCCAGGCCCAGCCCCAGCCCCAGGCCGGAGACAGCGGCCUGUGCCGCGGCUGCCUGAGCCUCGGCCUCGCCUGCCCGCUGUGCCGCCACCGCCGCUGCUGCUCGGGCAGCGGGAGCCGUGUCCCCUCGCCCGGGGCGGACUCUGGGGCCGGGCCGCUCUGGCAGCAGCCGCUGGGCCGCAGGAGGAAGCAGCAGCCGGGACGGAGAAGGACGAGGCGGAGGCUGGGCGAGGAAGCGGAGGAGGAAGCGGCGGCGGCAGGGCCUGAGUCCGAGCCAGUGUUCCGUGCUCCCCUGGUGCUGAGUAAAGCAGGUGAUGUCCGGGAGGGGCUUGAGAAUCAACUCCGACAGUAUGAGCCGGAGAAGGAGAGCUUGAAGGAAGAUGAUGAGACGGUCACGGCGGAAAUAAUUCAGAUUAUUCUGGCUGAGGGGGAGCACGAGAAGCAGCAAAUGGACAAAAAGAAAACAAUCAUGGAACAGGUGAAGAGGGAUGAGGAGCUGGCAAGAAAAUGGGGUCGAGAUUUUGCUACUGACAACAUGUCUGAUUCAGAGAAUGAGGAGCCAGUGAAACAUAUAACUACACGGCCAUGGGGUUUAGCAGCCAACAACAAGCUGAGCUCCAACUCUUCUGGUCGAUUUUCAAGUAUGCUGAGCAUUGAGGAGGAGAAUCGAAGUUGGAGCACACCAGUGGAAAACAACCAGGGCCGAAGAGGGACACCUCGCAUUGAGAGUAGAACCAAGACAUCUUCAGUUUCUGUAGGUUCCCUUGUUACCAACAAUGUCAUCAACAUCCUGUCAUCCUCUGAAAACAGUCGCUCCAACUCUGCUCCAAACCUGAGCUCAGAAAAGCGCUCUGCAAAUGACCCAGCACCCUCAGGCCCAGCCAAGAGAGAGCGGUCAGCCAGCCCUGACAGCAAUGACAGUAUCUCUGGGGAGUUCAACCAUUUCAAACCCAUCAGCUGUUCACCCUGCACCCCUCCCAAGAAGCUGCCUGAUGGCAGGGUGAUGAAACCCAAGAUUGUCAAAUCGACCCCCCGAAACCUCGGCUGUGGUUUCCACAAACCAGCCGCUGCUCCCACCACUUAUGAGGUGAACCCCAAUCUCCUGCAGAAGUGGGGCCAGAUUCUGCAGGAGCGCCAUGAGGAAAUGGUAGCCUCCAAGGGCACCCUGAUUUCGGAGGACGAGGGUGAGGAUGCUGUUGGCAGGCUGGAAGCAGAAAGCGAGAUUGCUGCAAUGGAAUUUGCUUCAUCUUCAAAUUCCCCUGGCCACCAGAAGAAUGAAUAUUUAGAUUCGGGGGUAAACUCUGCCCCCUCCCAGGACAGCCAUCAGAAGGUUCCCGAGAGUUGGAGUAGCCACAUGGAGUCAAUCCCAACCCAACAAGCCUCUGUGGAGCAAGGUAACAGGUCUCAGCACAGCAUCAGCACCUCGUCGUCUGACCACAUGGGGGCGAAGAAAAGCAAAGGAUCGAAAUCUUCCUUCUCCUCCUCCUCCCAGGGCAAGAAGAGGCACCACAAGACCAAGCACACAGUGGAGCUGCAGACCAAGCGGACAAAGUGGACCGCCAAUAAUGUUGGCACAACAUCAGUCAGCGGUCUGGAUCAUAGCCAACAGGAAGAUGAAGACAGGAGGUUAGCAGCCAGGCUCCAGCGACGGCUUGAUGCUGAGCGGACCACAGUUAACCGACAGAAGGGCAGUGAGGAUGGUUACCCACUGCGGACAAAGACCAACUUUAAAUCAAAGUAGCUCACUUGGGAUGGCUGCCAUUCCCUAUCAGCUCUGCUGUGCCCAGGGAUCUCUGCCUGUUGCUUCCAGUCUGUGCAGUGUGCAGGAAUAAUACAGUCCUUCACUUCAUUCUGGCUUUUUUUUUUGGUCUUGAUCUUUUGCUGAUGCAGAAUUGCUGAGUUUAGUUUCACUAUCCGAGACGCCCCUUCUCCCUGAGCCCCAGAGAAAUCUAAUCCACCAGCCAGUGGUCAGAUGAGGCUUCAUGCUCCCUUUUUAACAUCAGAGCUGUAUGCUAUUAUCGACGAUCUGUGUUUGUGAUUUCUUCCUUCUGGGCGUGCUCCUGUUCCACUGCUGAAAUAGCAAAUCAGGGGCUUUACAGAGGUUCCCAAUGAGGUGCAUACUCAUUGUGCCCAUCUCCUCUGACCCUGGGCAAUAUUGGAUCCACAUUUUUGUGAACUGUUGCAAGGAGCCUAGAUUAAUUCCCAUUACAAGUUUUGUACCUGCAAGUUAUCUCAUCAUAACCUAUAUUUUUUAUUGAAAGGGGAAUCAUUCCUCAGUUUGCAAGAGGGAAUGUAACAUGAAAAUUUCUUUUCUCAUUCCCUUAUCAAUGCUGUUCCUUAGCAUUUCAUCUCUGCCAAUGUGUGUCCCUGAUUCAAACAAUGUAUCAGAGUUGGUCUGGGUCCCCUCUGUCUAAUCACGGAUGUGCAUCUUUCCCCCAACCAACAACUUGUACCAGGCUUUUGUAUCCAUGUCCUCUCUCAUUUUGUACAGACACCUCAUGUGCUUCUGUAUCCAGAAGCAGAGGCCUUUUUUUACUCUCCUACUUUCACUGGAUCUGAUGAAUAGAUUAAAUGACCAGCGGGACCAUCAGAAGCUUUCCCCGUGGCAUAAUGACCACAGGAACAAGGUUGAGCAUUUUCUCCCCAACUCCCAUCGCUGUUUCCCAGCUUGAGAGAAAGAGAGCCCGUCGGGAUGAUAUAAUAUGUCAUGGAAACUGAGUGGACGGCAUUAUUUGCCAAGUCCUUCUUAAAAUGGCUGACAGUGCCAUCUGCUAAUCAUGAUUAAAAAUUUCACCCUAACCUUUAUCAACUCCUACUGAAUAGGAGAUGCCUCCAUAAACUUGUGAUCUUGUACUCGUGCUCCAGGGACUCUCCCUGUGUCCUGUUGUGUAUUUGUGCAAUAACGUUAGUCUUCACUAACUCACACCCUAAAGCUGUGUGAGGCUAAGCCAGGGCUGAAGCAGAGAGCAUAACUGGGGGUAAGCCAGCAUCCUGCACUUCCCCUCUAGUCCUAUUGCCUCCACUGAAAGUUGUGAAAUCACCAUUUUGAGUAAAGAAUUUAUUUUCUUAAUAUUGUUGUAAAUUUUGUACCUUCAGAAAUUCCUUUGAACCUGCUGAGAAGACUUGGCUUUUUCUGAUUUGGAGAUGACGGUGUUGGACUGGGGUGUACAAAGUUAAAAAUCACACAACACCAGGGUAUAGUCCAAAAGGUUUAUGCGGAAGCACACUAGCUUUCGGAGCGACGCUCCUUCAUCAGGUGGUAGUGGAAUGUACUGAUGAAGGAGUGUCGCUCCGAAAGCUAGUGCUUCCACAUAAACCUGUUGGACAAUAACCUGGUGUUGGGUGAUUUUUAACUUUGGCUUUUUCCCGUUCACCUUAUCUGCGCUGUGUUAUAUUUCAGUCUAAUCAGUACUUGCCAUGCUUAUAGAAGGCCAUCAGCAUUCUUUGUUGAUUUUUUGAAAGUGUUGCAACUUCAUGAAACUUUCAGAUAAAGUAACCUGCUGCACACAGGCACGCAUACACACAGGCACGCAUACACACAGGCACGUUUACACACACACUCUGAGCUGUCAGCACUGUUGAACACAAUGCUGUCUUUGCGUUUUAGAUACUUAGAUGCAGAGCUCAACUUUCUGCGAUCCUUCCUCCUAACUUGCAACCCAAUACCCAGACUAGUUAUUAUCCCCACCUUAUUUGAUGUUUGCACUCCCCAUUUGUGAAAUGGGAGGAUCAAAUUUCAGUAAAAGCAGAUUCUCUUGGAUGGAGCUGUGAAGAAAGGGGGGUCUUACCCCUGGUGCACCUGUCUUGAAGAGACUGCUUGCUCCAUCUACCUGAAGCAGAUAUGGUGUGCAGUUUUGCAGCAUCUGCUACCACUGUUCCACCUUGCUUUCAUACUCCACCAUUAUGCUGUUCAGUGAAAUUGGAACUUUUAAACAAAAGCAUAUUGGUUUUGACACUUUGGCAUUCAAACAGUUUCAAGAGUUCCCCAACUUUUAUUCCCAUUCCCCUCGCUCUGUUGCAGAAUGUGGGCUGUUCUAGACUAGGAACUAAACAACGAACAACAUGGGAAUUGCAAAUUGUUACUGUGAAGUCAUUUAGCCCAUCACAUCUGCACUGACACUCUCAACAUUUUGACUCAGUGUCAAUCUCCUGCAUAUUUCCUGUAAACCUGCAUUGCUUCCAUUUAAAUAAUUGCCCAAUACCACCUUGAAUGUUGAAGCUGCCUCAAGCAGUGCAUUCUAGAACGUGCAAGUGCUAAAGGGUCAAUUGCUGUCAUUCGAGGUUCUAGCAGCUAGUUGGAGAGUCUAAAUGGUCAGUGCCUCCUGUGGAGACACGUACAGAUGAGCUCACUGAGUUGCACCUGCAUCUUUUCUCUGAGUUAGCAGGAGCGAGGAGUUCAGAGAUUGAACCUACAUCAACCCGGUGGCAGAGUCCAUGAUUUAUUCUGUGGGAUUACAUUAGUUUUACAGAACAGAAGCCAGCAGGUUUAUGGCUCACGGAAACUGCCUUCUGCCCUACUUCACCCUUUCCCUGACUGCCUCUUGGAUGUACGUCUUAUUUACAGUCAGUAUUGGUUGCAUUGUGACAGCUCUACUUAAAUCCAGUCAAUUUGAGUUACAAAUUUCUUGUACUUGUUCCUGUGCUGGAUUGGAAAUAACAAACAAGGGCUAAAUAUUUUUGUAAUCAUGGAAAAAAAUUAAGAAAAGAAUAUUGGAUUAAUGAAAAAAAUGGACAUUUUGUUAAUAUACUUUAUACUAAACCCAGUAAAGCACUUAGGCUCCUUCGAACCCGUUUUAAGUUCUUUCACAGAGAGUUAUUUGCCAAAGAGAGAGAUAUACAUAUAUAAAGAAUUUUUAACGAAAAGAGUUUGUGGACAAAUAAUUUUCAGAAUGCAGUCACAUAAUCAAUAUUUGCACAGAAUGAAUUUUUCACACCUCGCCUGGACAGAUGUGAGUGCCAAAAGGCAUUGGAUCGAGGGAUGUGUCUGUCACUGUGUGUGUAUGUACACAUUUAUAAAGAAAAAGACUCUGUCCA